AUGUCAUCAAAUCCUCCAAUGCACUUUCCCUGUUUAGAUAAAUUGGAUAAAAAAUCAAAGUCGUUGGUUGAUGAAGGACCCGAGCCUGUAUAUGCUAGAGUACAGUCUGGUUUUGAAAUGUAUCGAUCAGAGAAGCCGUUAUUUUUGGACUAUGGGGGAUAUUUGCCUGAGUUUAAUAUAGCCUACGAAACUUGGGGAAAGUUGAAUUCUGAUAAGUCCAAUGCUAUAUUAUUGCACACAGGUUUAUCUGCUUCUUCCCAUGCCAAAUCACAAGCGAAAAAUUUAAAACCUGGAUGGUGGGAAGCUUUCAUUGGUCCAAACAAACCACUCGAUACAAAUAAUUUUUUCAUCAUUUGCACAAAUGUAAUAGGAGGAUGUUAUGGAUCAACUGGUCCUUCUUCGAUUGAUCCCUCUGAUAGCCAAAGAUAUGCGACCAGGUUUCCAAUAAUUUCAAUAACCGACAUGGUCAGAGCACAAAAUCGUUUAAUAUCUGGACAUCUCAAAAUCAAAAAACUAUAUGCUACUGUAGGCGCAUCAAUGGGUGGUAUGCAAUGUUUAGCAUACGCAAAUGAAUAUUCUGAGCAAAUCAAUAAAAUUGUUUCAAUUUCUGGCUGUGCAAGAUCUCAUCCUCAUUCAAUAGCGAUGAGGUUUUGUCAAAGACAAGUUUUAAUGAAUGAUCCUAAUUGGAAUAGGGGUUUCUACUACGAUUUAAUUCCUCCCCAUGUUGGAAUGAAAUUGUCAAGGCAAAUUGCAACAAUUACUUAUAGAUCUGGUCCUGAAUGGGAACAAAGAUUUGCAAGAUCAAGACUAGACCCUUCUUUAAAGCCUGCACUAUGUCCUGAUUUCUUGGUGGAAACUUAUCUUGAUCAUCAAGGUGAAAAAUUCAGUUUGGAAUUUGAUCCAAAUUCUUUGUUAUAUAUUUCUAAAGCAAUGGAUUUGUUUGAUUUAGGUCUAGGAAAUAAAUUAAAGACGUUAGAAGCAAGAAACCAAUCUUCCAUUUUAUUCACUAAAUUUAAUAAUCAUUUUCAGGAUUUUGAUAAUCUUGGUUUUAAAAACAAUGAUAAUUGUUCCCUCCCUUCUGAACCCUACAAAGAAAAUAUCAACAGUCAAAAAGACCAUGAAUUGACCAAAGAAGAAAGUCUAGAAGAUAUCAUAAACGGGCUAUCUGGAAUAUCCAAUCAUGACUCUUUAGUAAUUGGUGUAAAAUCUGAUAUCCUAUUUCCAAGUUUUCAACAAAAGGAAAUAGCUGAUGUUUUAAAAAUAAAUCAACAGAGAUCUAACUUAAAUGAUAGCAAUAUUAAAUAUGUAGAAUUAGGUGAGGAUAUAAGUAUGUAUGGUCAUGAUACAUUUUUGUUGGAUGUUGAACAUGUUGGUGGUGAAAUUAAAAAGUUUUUACAUAAAAUUUAA